GGAAAAAAUGCAAUUCUUUGAAUUUCGCCAUCAACCAAGGACACUAUGGUCGCGAACAGCGAAGGUGCCACGGCGACAAACAACGUCGUGGAGGGCGAUACGACCGGAACGAUCCAAGAGAAUCGAUCUGCAUCGAUGCCGCAGUACUGGUGCCACCUGUGUGCAUGCAACGUCCUGACUCGAUUGAACUCUGAGUCCGACGAAGUCGAGUGCGACAGAUGCGGAGGCUGCUUUGUCGAAGAGAUUGAAGACGAUACGCCAGGACAAGAACGACCACAGGACUUUGUACCGCAUGAAGGUUCCGCCAGACAAGACUCCGAAUCGCGUCGUCAAGGUAGCAGUGAAGAAGGAACACGUGCUAUUCGCGUCACAAGGUCGUCCCUUCCGAAUAUGAUGAACGAAAUCUUCCAGCUCUCCCGCCAAGGUAUAUCUAGCAAUUCAGACAGUGCAUCCGAUGAAGGACGCAGCCGGUUCACGCGAACUCGCUUGUUCACGAGCAAUGGUGGACCCGUGGAAGUUUUCAUCAACGGCGUGGAGGGAUCCGGCGCUGCCGGAUUCAUGGGAGCCCUCGGCGGGAUGUUUCGACCCAGCGGAUCUGAAGGUGUUGGCACAACGCUUGGCGACUACGCCUUUGGAAACAUUUCCACCAUCAUUAACCAUCUCAUGCAGAACGAUUCAAGCCAGCACGGCGCACCCCCUGCGGCCAAGACAGUGCUCGAGUCACUGCCUAAAGUGCACAUUUCGCAGGGCGAAGUUGAUGACAAACACGAUUGCGCCGUGUGCAAGGACGUGUACGAGCUGAAAGAAGAAGCCAUCCGUCUGCCUUGCUCCCACGAUUUUCACACUGACUGCAUCAUGCCAUGGUUGAAGCAGCACAACUCGUGUCCCGUGUGUCGAUAUGAACUCCCGACGGACGAUCAAGAGUACGAGACUGCGCGCGCCGCCGCUUCUGCAAACACGCCCGCCAACAGCACGAUGGCUAGCUAGUGUCGCGUCGUCGUUGGAGUAGUCUACAAGUCCUCUCAUUUAUCCAACUAUGUAACAAACGUGAACUCAAGAUGCCCUGAGCGCACAUGUGUCUCGUGCGUUGAAACGCUGGGUCCUAGCGGACACAAGGGAC